ACCAAGGAACCCAGUCAGCAAGCCACUGAGUCCCUGGGCCUCGGAGGUGGUAAGCUGAUACCCAUGGCAGCCCUCCAAAUGCUGCUCCUCUGCCUGCUGGUCCUGGCAGUCCCUGAAGGCCGGGGUCGGCAGGCGGCCAUCCCGGGCUGCCACUUGCACCCCUUCAACGUGACAGUUCGAAGUGACCGCCAGGGCACCUGCCAGGGCUCCCAUGUGGCCCAGGCUUGUGUGGGCCACUGUGAGUCUAGCGCCUUCCCUUCCCGGUACUCUGUGCUGGUGGCCAGUGGCUAUCGACAUAAUGUCACCUCUGUCUCUCAGUGCUGUACCAUCAGUGGCCUGAAGAAGGUGAAGGUGCAGCUGCAGUGUGGGGGGGACCGGAGGGAGGAGCUGGAGAUCUUCACGGCCAGGGCCUGCCAGUGUGACAUGUGUCGCCUCUCACGCUACUAGCCCCUCCUUUCCCUUCCUCCUUCCCCUCGGUCAGAGGGCGUGAGCUGGAGGGUAUCCCGUAUGUUCCAAGCCUCACAGAGGACACCAGCUCCAGCUAUCUCUUAGGAUUCCGUGAUGGUCACCUCCUGAGAAGAGGGAAGUCUGCCUGGCCUCCUGACCAGCCUGUCACCUCUCACUCCCCUCUUUGUCCCUACCCCUAAAUAAAGCAAGCAAUUCUCAA